CGUGCCGUAUUCUACACCGACGCUCGUUCAAACCGAAACUCUGGCGCUGUGAAGACGCGCGUCGACGCGACGCCGCCCUCGGUCGCACCGUAUCCAACAUGGCAGGUCGGGCCGAUCGCGGCGCCCGUGCGCGUCUCUGACCGUACCCGUACUACUAUGUGCGUUAUAUAAAUGUUACGCAAGUUGGAGAUCGAGUGGCCGGAAGGUGCUUCUUCGAAACCGAACGGGCCGGUGCGGCCAGCCGAUGUGACCCACUCGACGGAUCGCCACUAGCACGAUGAGCGGUUACGGUAGUAUAUCGGGCGUAGCGGAUUCUGACGCGCUGUCGCGGCGGCUGCGCGAGGCGGAGCGCGCGCGUGCAGACGCUGAGCGCGCGCACGCUGACGCCCUCUCACAGCUGCGGAAUGCGCAGCGCUCGCCUCUCGACGCGCACAACGUAGAACAGCUACAGUCCCGUGUACGAGAGCUCGAAAAGAAGGCCGCGUUGGAGACGGUUCGUUGCGAGGAGCUGCAGCUGGAGCUGUCAUCAGCGCUGCGUGCGCGAGGAGCCACCUCCUCCACCUGGUCCGCGCCGGCCCCUCAGCCCGCCUCAGAGAUAGAACGUAUUAUGGCCAAGAUAGAGCAGGAUAACAGGAUUCUUGCUGAGCUGGACCACACAAGAUCCACUACACACGGUAUGCAGUCCAGCGGAUCCAAUCAAGCCCUUGGAGAGUUUCAUUCACCGACCCCUUCGCCGUUGCCACAUUCGUACUCUAGUACGACUGGCCACGUGGCCAUUUGUCAGAGCAAUACGAUGCCCACGUUGUCCUCUCUGCACGCGACCGGACAGUUCACUGCACCCAGUUCCAAUUCCGUUGCAUAUUCCAUGAGCGCACACAAUCCUACAUCUUAUUCUAACCCUAUACCCUCGUACUCGACUAAUACAUACGGUUUGUCAAACACACAUCAAGUUAGCUUUACCAAUCCCGUCACCGCGCCCCUUGUUAACAGUAUCAGCCAAAUAUCUAGCACUUUGGCUGGUCUCCAGAGUAACCUUCAAAAUAUUACUGGUAACGUUUCUGCUAUGAGUUUAGGUGGUACGCUCACUGGUCCAACAUUGACAGGAACGAUGGCAGGGUCAGGACUGACGGGCUUGAAUACCGUUCCAACGUCACUUCCCGGCGCGAUCACACAUACAUUGGGAUUACAAUCUUCACUUACCGGAGGAAUAGGAAAUAUAUCAAAUAUAGCAACCGGCACUCAGCUCAGCGCUCUUAAUACUAGUCUAACCGGGACCGGCGCUUAUGGCACUAGCGCUGGUACUUACACAAAUCCACUGCUAACCGGUGGCUUGCCUGGAAACUCGAUGAAUAUCAAGUUGAAACCCUUGGACGAAAUUGAUCUUGGUUUAGGUAGAUAUGGGACUAAUAAUUCGAACAUAGUUAGGGUACCGACUCCAGUAACACCGCAUCAACCGACGUGGAACUUAGGAUUAGAUAGCCAAUUCGGAACUGAUAGACUUGGUGGUUUAGACUCUGGAUUCAGUCAUGAUCGAAACCAAAGAGGAUUACCAAGAAUGAUGCCAAAUACUGGACUGGAUAUUGAUGUUCGCAAUACUCAUUUUAUGAAUGGGGGUGCGCCAGUGGAGACUCAAGUUGACAUGUUAGACAUUCCAGGUAAAGGCCGUUGCUGCGUGUACAUUGCAAGAUUCUCUUACGACCCUCCCGAUAUCGAAAGUGCUGACGGUGAACUGUCGCUUAACGCUGGCGAUUACUUAAUCGUGUGGGGUCCCCCGGACCCUAAUGCUUCUGUGCUUGAAGCUGAAAUGCUUGAUGGACGUCGUGGCUUUGUCCCCGCAAACUUUGUGCAAAGGCUGGUCGGAGACGAUCUAUUAGAAUUUCAUCAGGCGGUGAUAUCAACGUUACGAGACUCAGACGAGCCAACUACGACUACGAUUAGCGACCUGUCCCUCAGCCGCGACGUGGCACGCCUCAGUGAAAUGGCAGACAUCAGCGAAGGCCCCGAAGACGACGAUAACGCCGAGCUGUUUUUCUCGUCGCUAGUGCCCGCGCCGCGGCAGCUCACGCUCGAGAGGCAGCUCAACAAGUCGGUGCUCAUCGGCUGGACGGCGCCCGAGGGAGUCCAGCAGGCUAACAUCGAAAGUUACCACGUGUACGUCGACGGCGUCCUCAAAACUACCGUUAAGGCGUCCGAACGCACUCGCGCCUUGGUCGAAGGCGUAGAUGCUAACCGACCACAUCGAAUCAGCGUACGCUCGGUGACUGCUACGCGUCGUACGUCGCGAGACGCAGCUUGCACCAUGGUAAUAGGUCGAGACACGGGCAAUAUGGGCCCGACUUGCGUCCGAGCCAGCGGCGUCACAUGCUCACAGGCCGUCAUCUCCUGGCUACCAGCUAACUCCAAUCAUCAACACGUCGUCUGCGUCAAUAACGUUGAAGUCAGAACAGUAAAGCCGGGCAUAUAUCGUCACACGAUCACUGGCCUCUCGCCUAGUACUCAGUAUCGAGUGACUGUGAGGGCGAAGCACUUAAGAACUGGCCCCCCAGGAAUACCAAUAGAAGAAGCUCCCGGCGCGUACACUGACUUCCGAACGUUACCAAAAGGCCUGCCGGACCCUCCCAAUGAGAUCAUGGUGGAAGCGGGGCCCCAGGACGGGACGCUCCUUGUGACCUGGCAGCCCGUACUGCGCCCUCCGGCCUCCGGCCCCGUCACCGGAUACGCGGUGUACGCCGAUGGGAAGAAGGUCACCGAUGUUGAUUCACCGACCGGUGAUCACGCUCUCAUCGACAUUGGCAAACUCAUUGGCCUCAAUCCAAAGUGUGUCACUGUGCGUACAAAAUCGCGCGACAGCCAAUCCAGUGAUAGUGCUCCGACGCCGAUCCCACCGGCCGUACUGCGCGGUGUGGCGUCGCGGAUGCCCCGCGGGGCGCCGAUGCUGAACCAGCCCACGCCGGGAUUCCGCGGCCAGCAGCGACCGCAGCCCUACCAGCAACAGCAACAAGUCAUAGAGCACGACGAAAACUUAUCCGAUAAGGAAAUAUUUCCGAGUGCGAAUCGUCACGACCAACAUGCAGCUCAGCAAUCGGGGAUACCGGCCAUCGAAAUCACUAAAGAGGGCGCCACGGAGCAGUUGAGUUGCGAAGAGGAUGAGACGACGCGCCGUCGGCCGCAGCAACCGUCCCAACCGAGUCAAGCGUCGCAGCAGCCUUCGGGUCAGCAGUACCCGAGUACACCAGCUUACCAUGGCACGCAGCAACCCCCCUAUCCACCGGCCGGCCAGUUCCCAAGUAGUCAGCCGGCCCAGUACCCCGGCCAGCAGCAGCAGUACCAGAACCCGACCCCGAGAAACCACCACGAAAGGGGCCGCCCUCCUAACCCCCACCAGGUGGGUCAGCAGGGCGGCAUGCAGGGCGGCAUGCAGAGCGGCAUGCAGGGCGGCAUGCAGAGCGGCAUGCAGGGCGGCAUGCAGGGCGGCAUGCAGAGCGGCAUGCAGAGCGGCAUGCAGACCGGCAUGCAGAGCAGCAUGCAGGGCGGCAUGCAGAGCGGCAUGCAAAGCAGUAUGCAGAGCGGCAUGCAAAGCAGCAUGCAGUACGGGCCGCGUGGCGCGGCGUCGACGGGACCCCGCGGGCCGCAGCCGGGGCCGCGCCAGGCGCAAACCCACCCACAGUCUAAGAGGAGUCGCUACUUCAUCGCUUUGUUUGAUUACGAUCCGGCGACUAUGAGUCCAAAUCCUGAGAGUUGUGAUGAGGAGCUACCGUUCAGCGAGGGAGACACAAUCAAGGUUUGGGGUGACAAAGAUGCCGAUGGCUUCUACUGGGGCGAGUGUCGGGGGCGCCGCGGCUAUGUUCCGCACAAUAUGGUGGUGGAAGUAUCGGAACAAGAGGCCACGGGCCAGGUGACGAAGCCUCGCGACCGUUGGACCGACGCCUACGCGAACCAACCCGUCCGGCGCAUGGUCGCUUUGUACGACUACGAUCCACAGGAACUAAGCCCAAAUGUCGAUGCUGAUGCGGAGCUUAGCUUCCAGACGGGUCAAAUAAUCCAUGUGUACGGCGAGAUGGACGACGACGGGUUCUAUAUGGCGGAGAUCGACGGUAUGCGUGGCCUCGUGCCUAGCAACUUUCUCACUGAGGCCAACGACCAGUAUGGCCCCCAGGGGCAUUCCAGUCAAGGUGUAGCGCAAGGAGUAACCGGAAUGGCUGGGCGAGCAGUAGGUCCGGGUCCCACGCCGCAGAUUCCGGGCGCCGGGCGGGGGCGGGGCGGGGCGCCUGGCCCCNNCGGCGCCCGCGGGCCCCCGCCCCCGCCACGCGACAACGUCGCCCCCGCGCCCCGCAAUCAUCACCGCAAGACAGAUGCCUGCCCUCUUCCCCCUUCUCAGUUAGACCACAACACAUCCGCCAGUAAUCCAGAACAGGCGAAUUCUCAGGAAGGUUUGCAACAGCAGGCGAGAGCGAGAGGCGCAGCGAGCGGUCAGGCGGCGAGCACGAUCGCGCGCACGAGCGCUGGUAACGCGAGCACACCGCCGGUGCAGUCGCCGGGCACACCGGCCGCCGCACCGCCCCCCCAGCCCUCGCCCGCCCGCCGCGGCGGCCCCGCCGUCGUGCCCGCACCCCAGCCCCAACCCCCCACUACACAGCCCCCCACUUCGCAGCCGAACCUCAUGCAGAAGUUCACGGAGAUGACCGCCCCCGGCGGAGACAUCCUCAGCAAAGGCAAGGAACUAAUCUUCAUGAAGUUUGGACUCGGAGGCAAAUAAUGCCGGCGCAGCGGCCUCCCGAGGCCCCAGUGCGUGCUCGUCGAAUCGUAAAUCGUUUAAGUAAGUGCGACGUCUCAAAUUAUUUUACGUUAUCAAAUGGUUCUGCUGCUGCUGGAAGGUAAUUCGUGUAAAUCGGGUUUUCUACAAAUCGUUCGACAGUUACGAGAAUAUGUUUAAGGACUGUAAAUAAAUUCAAUAAACGCACAGUUUAGUGGAUAUUCAUAUGUUAGUGCAGUCCCGAUAGCCGCACGAUUGGAGUCUCGAUAGUCGACACCCGAGUAUAGGUUUAUCUUGAAUUUCUGUCUUGGGCCUGUGGUCAUUUGUUAGAAUAGAUUAAUUAUUAUUAAUAUGUAAAACGUUCCCAUUACCUUAUAAUGUUUAAUUUAUGUAAAUUGUGUGAAUUGUAUUGGCAAGACCCGUUGUUGUAUGAAAUAGUUUAUAUUGUGUUGUUUGUUGCUAGAUGUUAUUUUUUCGAGAUCCAAAUAAGGAAAAAGAUUUCCCGUGUUGAAACAUCGUUGAACAAUAUUUAAAUACAUAAUAUAUUAAAAGUCUAUAAUAUUGU